GUGGGAGGACUCGGCCAAUCGCAUGCGAGACAAGGCCCCCAAGGGGUGGUGGACGGGUUACAUUCUGCGGGUUACCACACACCGCUGGUUCAACAGGACCGUUACGAACCGCAUCCAAUGGUGGCAUUGGAUGACCGUAAUUGCGCCGGACGACAUGCACAACGCACACAAGGGGCUGGUGCUGUUUGUGAUCGGGUCGGGGUGGUCGCAGUUCUACUUCCACCACGUGCCUGACAAGGACGAGAUGUUUACCGCUGCGUUUGCGCCUCUGGUAGUGGAGCUGGGGAUGCUGGGAGCAGUGCUGCAUCAGCAGCCAAUGGAGCCGAUGUCUUUCUAUGUGGGGCCUAACGGGCCAGGCAAUUUCAAAGAUUUGGAAGAAGACGAGCUGAUGGCGUUCUCCUUUGCAAUGGCGUUGAAGCAUUCAGAUGAGAUAGAGUGGCAGCUCUCAGUGCCCAUGGCCAAGUCCAUCGUGAGGGGAAUGGAUGCGCUGCAGCUCGCCUCCAGAGAGAUCUUUCCGCACCUCCCGGUGGAAGGCUUUGUGGUCAUGGGAGUGAGCAAGAGAGGACUCAUGGCAUGGCUGACGGCCGCUAUGGAUAAAAGGGUGGUGGGCAUAGUGGCGUACGGCUUUGACCUGCUGGACUUUGGGCGCAACUUCCAGCACCUGCACGACUCGCUGGGCGCGUGGCCGGUCAUCCUCAAGUUCUACGCCAUCUUCAACGUCACCGAACAGCUGCAAUCGCCCCAGUUCCAGAGGCUCACUGUAAGCACCGGGUGGGAGUGA